CACAGUGUGCCUAAGCAAAGAAAUGCUCCAGCGCCAAGUCUCUCACACUCCUGAAGUAGGAGCGACUUAGUAGCUGCUGUACCCAGUUAUCAAAGGAGGAGAGAGGCUCCCUCAGGAAUUGACCGCUUUCAUAGACCGGGGAACAAAAAAAGCAGAUUAUGGACUCUCUCGUCAUGCACCGACAUUGCGAUUAGGAGAUUUUUUUAAAUUAAUAUUAUUUGUAUUUAUUGAUUUUUUUUUUAUUUUGUUGCUGGUGUUGUGAAGAUUCAGCGAUGCCACACUGAGAGGAACUCUGACCCAACCACGUUUUCUGUCUUUACGCAGUUUGCAUUUCACGUGCAGUGAGGCUGCAUUUUGCUGGAAAGCUGUGUUUUCAUCGUUCUUCUUCUACUUCUUUUUUUUUUUUUUACACGCAAAAGCCAGAGUUCUGUGGGAAUAUUACAAGCGAGACUUUUACAUGUAAAACCGAGCUGCUCUGCGAUUUGGAACAUCCUCUGGAAAGAUAAGCGGCUGUUGCGUCCUGAAAAAAAAAACUGAGAUUGUGCCACACGGCUCCUCCAAGUUUUCUGUCAUUUUCAGGGAAAGUGCGCAUCGACGGGCUGGAAUACCGCAGGAGACUGGCUGCAGAGACUACCCCACUCCCCGCCCCCCUCUCCUCGGUCCGUGGACUGUGCGCUCUGGGACCUUGUCAAACCUGAGAGCGCCAGGCGACGUUAAGAGAAGCCACGUUUCUAAAAGCCGUGCGUAAAAAUAACAUUGGCCAAGGCAGCCCUCGCUGCCGGGCGCGUGACAUUUAAAACUUGGUGAAGUGCUCUUUUGUGCGCCCUUCUCUCCCGGGAGCUCCGGAUCUAUUCUGUCCCUUUCAGAAAACACUUCAGUCCAUGCAGCUCUCGCCUCGGCCGCUGUCAUCCAGUGCAGACAGUUUCGUCGUGGCUUCGAGUCCUCGGGGUAACCAUGACAACCGAGAGAAACCCGAAGUGAAUCUGAGGAGCGGGGUGAAGCAGGAGAGAGCGUGAAUAGGCGCUCGAGUUUUCCCUUUUUUCUUUUCUUUUUUUUUUGACUUAACUCUUUCUGCAGAGAGCGGGGUGCACCGCUUCCACGCUGCACAGUUGCAACAGCGGGUAAAUUGCAAAGUUGAAGGAGCCCUAAAAAGCAAAGCACUCCGCUCCAUGUCAUUCAAACCCGACGUGGUCUAUUAAAAGUAUCGCCUUGCUGGUGACUGAACUUCUACUAUUUAUGAAGCCCCGGACUGGUGACUGCACAGAACACAGUAACCGGGAAAAGAACUGAGUAUUAUUCACGCGAGAAGAGCCCGUGCGUUGAACAAGAGGAAUUAUGGGCUUCUCUCAAACGCUGUUCGUUUACGCGCUGGUUUGCGUUCACCUCGGAGUUUCCCAGCAUUACCUUCGCCUCCGCCCUUCGCCCAGCGAUCACCUCCCAGUGCCCGACCUGAAGGAGGACCCGGACCCGGAGUACGACCCCCGGGAGCAGGACUUGGUCGAGAGGACUCUGAGGAAAAGACUCGGCAGUAACUUUGACCCCAACUUCAUGUCCAUCAGCCCCCCCAUGCUGGUGAACUUCUCCGCGCCAGAUAACCAGGUGAAGCCGCAGGGGCCUAUGCCCAACGAUAUUAAAAAGCUGGACCUCACAGAGACUCCCUAUGGAAAGAAGGUAAAAGUAGGCAAGAAAGCCCGUAGGAAAUUCCUGCAGUGGCUGUGGACCUAUACGCACUGCCCGGUGGUGUACACCUGGAAAGAUUUGGGUGUGAGGUUCUGGCCACGUUACAUCAAAGAGGGAAACUGUUUCUCUGAGCGCUCGUGCUCCUUCCCCGAGGGGAUGUCUUGCAAACCCGUCAAGUCAAUCGCCAAGAUUUUCCUCCGGUGGUAUUGUCAAGGCUUUCUAAAACAGAAAUACUGUACGUGGAUACAGGUGCAAUACCCAAUCAUCUCAGAGUGCAAGUGUUCGUGCUGAUUCUCUCUAAGGAAGGAAGUAGUAGUAGUGGUGGUGGUGGCGGUGGUGGUGGUGGUCGACGGGGGAGUGGACUGGAAAUACGGUUUCUAUUGCACUGUUAACUCUCUACAGAGGUGGGCACCAUAGCAAAUCUAUUUUUUUAUAUAGCAUUUUAAGUGAAAUACCAACAUUGUACAUAUUUAAGAAAAAUGCAGCUAUUUUUUCUAAUUGAACCAGGACCAUAUUUUAUUCUCAACCCUGACAUUUUUUUUCGGAGGGGAACACGAGCACUUCGUGAGGAAGGAGCAUUUUGUUUUGUUGAUAUUUUUAAGAGACAUUGAAAAUGGAUUGCAUAUGCUACACUUCUCCAAGAGGUGACCUUUUUCUUCUUCUUCUUCAACUGAACAUUGAUGCUGACUGUUAUUUCACUGCAAUGCUGCCUAGAGUUUUUGUAUAUUAAUAUCAAUAAUAAUUAAAUUGUAAAAAAAAAGAAGAAGAAAAGUUGAGGUUAAAGAUAUAUAUAAAGGCGUGAACUCAGCUUUUUUUUUGGAAUACAUAGUAUUGUAGGAAUAAACAAAUCUGUACGUUUUAUUUAUUAUUUUAACGAUUUGUGAGUAUAGAGCAUAAGGACAGAGAAUAGCAGAGUAUACCAGAAUAAAAAAAAAAUAUGGGAGAUGUCUACUUGAAUAUUUCUAAAAAUGACAAAAAAAUAAAUAAAUAAAUACAAAAAAACCCAACAUAUCAGUGUACAUGUUAUGGUUACACGUUUUAGCAAUAAAGUCCAUCUUUUCAACAUGUGUUAGUGUCAACCCAUGCUUACACCACUGUGUAUAUCCAAAGGGGCGUGUACACUGUAAAAAAAAAAAAAAAAACUAUCUAAAAAUGUUUCAUUAAGCUGUAAAAAUCUUUCCCUGCCACAGAGAUACGUUUCACUGGUUUCCAUUCGGGGUGACUGGAGAGAUUUCACAUAUCAGAGCGAUGACGCUGAAGUAUUCUUGCAAUAUUCGUGUGUUUUUCAACCGGAAACCCCUGAAACUGUACCUCGCUUUAUUAAAAUAAUAAUAAUAAUAAAGGGUGAAAAGAC